GCAGUAAAAAUGCUUCUAUUAAGUGGUAUACUUGUUUUAUUAAAUAUGUAUCUUGCUUUUGGUACUUGCCCAAAUGGAACCUUAGGACAAGGAGUCACUUCCGAAGAACAGAAUUUAAUUGUGUCCCUACAUAAUAGUUUUAGACUUGAGAUAGCAAAUGGAACGGUACCUAAUCAACCGAAGGGUAACAAUUUAAAACGAAUGAAAUGGGAUUCAUGUUUGGCCAGUGAGGCCCAAAGAAUAGCGAAUACCUGCGAGUACAUGCAUCAAAAAGCUUCCUGUUCUACAUGGGGCGCAAUUGGUCAAAAUCUGUAUACGUCAUCCUCAACCUCUGACAGUAACAAAGUUAGUAACUGGACGAGCGCCACGACUUCUUGGUUUGACGAAUACAAACUUUUCACUUACAGCUCCACCUACAAUCCCAACGCCAGUCAUUACACACAGAUGGUUUGGGCAACCACUGAUAGCGUAGGUUGUGGUUGGACUUACUACACAGAUUCCAGCGUAUACAAAUAUAAGAAACUCUAUGUGUGUAAUUAUGGACCUGCGGGAAAUUACGUUGGACAAUAUCCUUACCAGACGGGGGAUAGCGGUUGUGAGAAUCUCUGUUAGUUAUUCGACAUAUUGUUAUAUUAUUAUUAUUAUAUUAAUUUAUUUGUGUUUACUUCAAUAAAAUAAUUACAGUGUUA